AUGGCUGACAGUUCUGCUGCAUACAGCGAGAGCACACCAGUGUUGAAGGACAGGCUGAAGCGGGCUGGGUUCGAAGAUGGUCAGGUCGAGACGAUCGCUUCUUCGGUCAAGACUUUGAAGAACCUGGCAUUUAUUUCUUCCUAUAGUCCAGGCCAGGCCGAUGAUGCCCCUCUCAUGGAGGUAGAAAGGUCAGAGGAAGUUCAGGUUCGUACCCUCACUCAGCCCGAGCGAGCCGAGAGGUACGAGAAGCAGGUGAAACGUCUUAGUGGCGUGAACAUAAAAGGAAGUUCGGAGCCUUCUGAGCGGCUCGUCGAUGUCUGUGUUGCAAUCUACGAGCGCAAUCAGCUUCAGUACGUGCCUUGGUCCAGGUGCUCCUCCAGGGAGCAAGAGGCGCAGAAUGAGUCCCGUAAGGAGGUCAAGCUGGCUUUGGAUGGUUCGGGAAAGGUUAAAGUUGACUCUGCCUCUAAGGAGGUAGUUGCUGAUACGAGCACGGAGGUGCUUGUGAUGCAGGCCCUGCAGCGCAGAGCUUUGGCCAUGGAGCAAGCUAACAUUGUUUCUUACACCUUGCUUGAUCUUUGGCAUCAGCGUUUGAUGAAGGCCCGUCUUACGGAUCCCCCUCCUGGUUACUCGAGGCCUUCUUUUGACCAGCUUCGUCUUGCUGAUCAGAAGCUUUUCAGUGAGCUUCAGGAUGAGACAAGGUCUGGGAUCCAGGCUUUGAGUUCGGGGCGCCCUGUUGACAACUUGAUCAAGGAUGUGAUGCAUCGUGCAGAAGUGAGUUCGUUGCUUCUGCCACUCCCGGCGCCUGGUGUGGCGGCGGUUGCAAAGUCCACGGCUACAGCGCCGCCGCCUCAGCCGACUUGGAAAGGGAAUGGCAAGGGCAAGAGCAAGUGGAAAGGGAAAACGGGGCGAAUGGGCACUCCUCGUAUGCCUGCUGAGUUGGAGGGCUGCAAGGCCUAUACUCAGAAAGGGAUUGCACAAUUGCGCGUGGCCGGGAUGCGGCGGUGCGCAUUCUGCCUCUUCGUGCCCGAAGAGGCUGGGCAAGAAGGAGUGCUGGCUGUGUUAAUGAUGUUUCAUUUGGUGGCAGCUGUAUGCCUCAAGCGGGUACGUGUUGGCCCUUGGUUGAAGCCGUUGAAGGCUUCUCGCGGUGAAGCGGCAUGUGAUGAUGCGCUGAGUGGUCGCGCUGAUGCGACUGCGUCCAAGCCUGCCGAAAGUGCGAGGCUUGUAAAAGGAUCUGGCGAUGAUGCUAGAUAUCGUUCUGAGCCGAUUUGUGAUGUCGAGCGUGUUUCAUUCAUUUCCUCUGAGCAUUUUGCUGAUAUGAUACUUGAGAAGUCAGAAUUUCAUGCCAAGGAUUUGUUGGCUCUGUUUGAGAUGUUGCCCUUUGAGGAUUGUCCUCGCAGUGAUGAUUCAGGUGCGCGCGCUUUUGGGGGCGGCGCAUACAUGAAAGGUGGCAUCGUUGGUCUCCGAGCAAACUCUCGGAAACAUCCUAGCGCUUGUAGAGCCUUUGCAAGUGCCAUCAGAUUUGCUGCCCCGGCUUAUCCUUUCACCAGCUUCUCGGUGCAUGCCGAUGCUCCGACUACAACGCACGUCGAUCGGUACAAUGCUGAUGUCUACAACAUAGUUUUGCCUCUUACCAGGUUUGAAGGAGGAGGCAUUUGGCUGCAGGACGCAUCAGGUUGCGUCGCUUCUCCUGAGGACAAUCAAACUUUCGGAGUUGUGGCUGAUGUUGCCUCAGGGCCGUGUGCUAUUGACGCCAGGAACCGAAAGCACACCGUCAUGCCUUGGACUGGCACCCGUGUCGUGCUGGUGGGGUUUUCUGUUUCCGCAUUCUCAAAACUUAGUUCUUCGGACGCUGAGGCUUUGGCUUCUUUGGGCUUCAACUUGGACAUCGUCCCCAUUGGUCAACCCGCUCCAGCCUGUGCUACUUCAGGCCUGGUCGACUUGCGGUCUUCUUCAAGGCCAGCUGUGACUCAGACUUUUGAUGAUAACUCAGCUGUGCAGCCGUUGACUCUGUGCAAGCCUCCAGAGGAUGUCACCUUUAGUUCUGUCGGCAAGCCUGCACGUUUGCUGGUGAUUGAGGCUUGUUGUGGUUGUGCACGCUUGUCUGCUACGCUUAAGAAGGAUGGCUUCGAUGUCUUGCCACUAGAUUGCGAGGGCAACCGACACAGGCCGCUCGCUACUGUGGUUUCGCUUGACUUACGAAAGCCUGCUUCUUGGGAGUUCUUGCAAACUUGCGUGUUGACGAAUCGCGUCUUUCACUUUCAUGGCGCCCCUCCUUGUGGCACUGCUUCCAGGGCGCGUGAUAGGCCUAUGUCAUCAGCAGAGUGGGGGCCUCCCCCCUUGAGGUCGGAGCGUUACCCACAGGGCUUUCCUUGGUUAGCUGGUGCUUGGCGCGAUAAGGUUGAAAGUGCUAACUUGAUUUAUAUUCAGAUGGCACGCUUCUGCGAGUGGCUCUCCUCCUUGAAUAUCAGUUGGAGUGUUGAGAAUCCUGAGCGCAGCUACAUGUGGCUGCUGCCGGAAUGGAAGCACUUGCGUUCGCAAAGUCUUGAUGUUGUCUUUGACUCUUGCAUGUGGGGCUCUUGCCGCAAGAAAUCUACUCGAUUUCUUACCACCUGCGUCGAGAUGCUUUCCUUGGCAAAGACUUGUGACAAUAAACAUUCGCAUGCGAGCUGGCAGCCCGUUAGGAACAAGUUCGGCGUUCAAUACGCCACCUCUGAGGAGGCUGUGUACCCUCAUGAGCUUUGUCAGGCCAUGUCAUCAGCUUUGCAGCUUCAGGCUGCGUCUUUCAACUUGGAAGUUGUGCGUGAGUGCCCUCUUCAACAGUCGUCUUAUGCAGCUGCUGCCUCUGCACGUCGGCAGCCCAAGCUCUCCAAGUACAAGCCGCUUCUUGAAGACUUUAAGUAUCGUGUGACUGUUGAAGUUGCCUCUGUCGACCAUUUGAUUUUGGAGCUCGUUGCCUCUCUUCUUUCGAGUAGCCCUGUGGACAUACUGCUGAUGAAGAUCGCCUUCAUGAGAGUCUUGAACCAGGUGGCUGCCUCGCUGGGUUGGCCAGACGAGGCUCUUCAUGAUGAGUUGGUUCGUGGCUUUCGCAUUACAGGACUGCAGGACGCGAGUGGCAUCUUUGGCCUUGAUCCUCGGCCGGCUUCGGGUACCAAGGAGGACUUGCUGAAGCAGUCAAAGCAUCUCAGGCCGGCUUUGUGGGCGAAGAUCAAAGGAGCCCCUCUGGACUCUCUGGGGCGCGAGCUGUGGGACAUCACGUAUGCUGAGUACCAGGAUAAAUCUUGGCUUGAGGAGCCGAGGACUUUCUCUCAGCUUGAGCAACUGAUGCCGGAGGGUUGGGUUCCAACUCGCCGGUUUCCUGUGGUACAGCAUGACAAGCUGCGACCGAUAGAUGACUUGACAGAGUGUGGCACGAAUGGGGCUUGCAGUACUCUUGAUAAGCUUGAUCUUCGGGCCCUGGACGAGACGGUCUUUACAGCUAUGCUGAUUAUGCGCUGUCUGGAGUCUCGGUGCUUUGCUUUAAGGUUGGACGAUGGUCGUGUUCUUCGAGGGCGCGUUCAUCCCUACUGGCUGCAGCAUCCUGACAGGGCUCGUGUUCUCGUUAAGACGGUGGACCUUAAAUCUGCCUACAAACAACUUGCGCUGCACCCGGAUGACAGGAGGUUCAGCGUGAUCUCUUUGAAAGAUCCGGCCGAUGGCGAGCCCAAGGGGUUCUUGUGUCGGGUGUUGCCUUUCGGCAGCAUUGCAAGUGUUGGACAUUUCAAUAGGGUGGCGCGGCUGGUGCAACGGAUUUUUCACGAGAUGAAAUUGCUUGCUGCGAAUUAUUUUGAUGACUAUCCUUUGCUGGAGGUGGCUGAACUGAGCCAGAACGCUGACCGUUGCGCCAAAGCAGUUCUUGACCUUUUCGGUUUUACUUGGGCCAAAGACAAGGAUGAGGCUUUCUCUUCCUGCACUGAUCUUCUUGGUGUCAGGCUGGCUACUUCUACUUCUGGUCCUGCUGCUGUUACUCUUUCGAAUAAACCAUCGCGAGUCGAAGACCUUCGCAAUGCUAUCGACAAGGUGGUUUCCGAUGGCGUUUUGAAGCCUCGCGAAGCCGCAUCUGUUUUUGGCCGUCUGCAGUUUGCUUGCUGA